GUGCGCCCCGAGUCGGCAUGGACCCCGAGCGCUGCGCGCCCUUCGCGGUGGGGCCCGGGCCCAGCCCCUACACAGCCGCGGGGGAAGAGUCUCCAGGCGCCCCAGGGACCCCCACUGCCGUGCCUCACCUGCACCCUGCACCUCCCCGUGGUCCGCGGCUGACCCGCUUUCCGGCCUGCGGGCCCCUGGAGCCCUACCUCCCGGAGCCGGCUAAGCCGCCCGCCAAGUACCUGCAGGUCCUCGGGGCCGGCCCGGCGCUCAACGGCGGCCAAUUCUACGAAGGACCCGCGGAAGCCGAGGAGAAGGCCACCAAAGUGGCCAGCUUCCCCCAGCUGCCCUUGGACUGCCGGGGGGGCCCAAGGGACGGGCCCUCGAACUUGCAGGGCUCCCCGGGCCCUUGCCUGGCCAGCUUGCGUGUCCCUUUGUCACCGGGGCUCCCCGACUCCAUGGAGCUGGCCAAGAACAAGAGCAAGAAGCGCCGGAACCGCACAACCUUCAGCACGUUCCAGCUGGAGGAACUGGAGAAAGUUUUCCAGAAAACCCACUACCCUGAUGUGUACGCCCGGGAGCAGCUGGCUCUGCGCACAGAUCUAACCGAGGCCCGCGUCCAGGUGUGGUUCCAGAACCGCAGAGCCAAGUGGCGAAAGCGCGAGCGUUACGGUAAGGUCCAGGAGGGGCGGAAUCCCUUCACAUCGGCCUACGACAUCCCUGUGCUGCCCCGCACUGACAGCCACCCCCAGGGUGAAGCCCAAGGAGCCGCCCAGCCUGCUGAACUGGACCACGUGAGCAGCGGGGUGGGCUCCUGGACCAAGCUCCUUACUUCCCCACCCUGCCCCCCGCUGCUCCCGCCGCACCCCUGCCUGGAUGCCAGAGAGCAUCUGAACACACCUCUGCCUCCCAGCCCAGAUGGUUCCCGGAGGCCUGGGCGGAACAGCAGGGACCCUCCGCCUCCCACCGGCAACCAGCCGCAGAGAAAGGCGGGGCUGCCUAGCAGCAAGGGGGCUUCAAAGCAUUCCUACUGCACACUGGUCCUCUCACCCAACUCUGGGCUGGGGGAAGGCCCCGCCGCCGCCUUCCUCCAGGCUUUUCGUCCAGGCUUAACUGACACAGCUGAAUGGGCCCCUCGAGGAGGGAACUCAGGAAAAUGAGAGGACACUUGAACCAGCCCGAGUGCCCAUGUCUUAAGCUCACGGACUGCCUAAGCUCACACUUCUCCUGGUUGCCGCCAGGAGGCAUGCAUCCGGUGGGCUGGGAGCAGCGUGGGUUUGAACGGUGGUGGCCCUGUCCUCUGCUUUAGCCACCCUCCUGCCCUGUGGUCCCACCCUGAGCGUGCUAUGGAGUCAUCUGCCCCAUCCAAGGGGCGGAGAUUCCACCAGAAACCAUCACCUAUUUCUAUUCUUUUCCAUGGGAUCAGGCCAGAGCUAUGUCAUUCAAACUAUAGGCCUCCUCCGUUAAUCCAACGGAAGUUGGUAAGAAUAAAAGAGUUCCACAGA